AUGCCCGCUUACGGCUCGCUGGGCGGCUCUCCUUCACUACGCAAAAUGGAAAACGGAGGCUACGGCCAGAGGUCCCAGGGCUUCAGCAUGAGCCGCAUCAUCGGGGAUCCCUUUGCGCUGGCCACGAUAUCGAUUGGCAUUCUCGCCUGGGUCAUCGCCUUUGUCAGCUCCAUAAUAUCAGCCAUCCACGGCGGCUUCCCCAACUUCGCCUGGUGGACGCUCGUCUUCAUGUUCUUCUGCAUUGCGGGCGUCACCGUUACGGUCGCCUCGGAUGCGGAGAGGACGUACCAUGUCGCAAUCGUGGGCUUCCUUGCCGCCGGCCUGGUCUUCACCACCUCAUCCGUCAACUCGCUCGUCUACUCGCCCGUCGCUCCCUUUGAAGCCGCGGCUGCCGGCUACAUCCUCCUCUCCAUGAUUGCCAUCGUCUGGAUCUUCUACUACGGAUCGCAACCGCAAGCCAGCCACCGCGCCUUCGUCGACUCCUACGCCCUGCACAAGGAGCACCCCGGCUCGCGCUCAUCCCGCCCCAUCUCCAACGGUUACACCAACCGGCCCGAAACCCAAACCGCCAACAUCCCGCCGCAAAUGUACACAUCCGCCCAACUAAACGGUUUCGAAACCUCGUCGCCCGUCUCCGGCUACCCCGGCGGUCCCGUCGGCGCAAACGGCCGCAACAGCUCAGCCCCCCAGUUCGGCGGCAUGAACAACAACGUCUCGACUCCCACAAACGACGACGCAAACAACCAGCAAGAAGCUUCCAUCGAGUACCCGUACCGCGCCAAGGCUAUUUACAGCUACGAAGCCAACCCGGAUGACGCGAAUGAGAUCAGCUUCCAAAAACACGACAUCCUCGAAGUCUCGGACGUGAGCGGACGGUGGUGGCAGGCUAAGAAACCAAACGGCGAGACGGGUAUCGCGCCCAGCAACUAUCUCAUCUUGUUAUAA